AUGACAAGCCAAAGCGCCUUUGCUGCUUCUGCAGCCCCUUUUAACAGCAUACACAGCAUAACCAACAGCAACCAAAGUCUCGAUGACAGCGGGAAACAGUUGUACUUUGGAACAGCGUCGGCAUCAGCUGUGGAAAGGGUGGGUGAGGUUCCGCUAAAUUCACGACUGUACUCUUCUUCUUUGGGUCCCAAUGGCAUUGAGACAAACAUGAUGUUCGCACAAGACGACAACGACGCCAACGACGCCAUGAUCCAUGGCAGUAGCAAACGACCCGUUUUCAUUGACUUGCUCGACAGUGAUGACAGCGAUGACGAAGAAGAGGACCGCAAGAUGCCUGCCAUGAAGAGACGCAGAACAAGCAGCAUGAAGGACAUGGAUUCUUUGACAGCUGCUGCAAUGGCGGCUAGAUUGCAGGAAGAGGAAGAGCUACAGCAUGCCGAGCGCAAGAUGCAAGAACAAGAGGCCAUGUACAAGUCCCCCGCAGGUCGUGCUUUUGUCUUUGUGGAGCGCAUGAUCCAAGAACAUGGCCAGUUGCUGCAGGAGGAUCCUCAAUGUCAAGACCUAGAACUGGUUGGACAAGAUGACAUGGUCUUCUUGGCAGAAAAGUUCAUGGAGUGUGAGCUGGAGUUUGCCAAGGCCGGCCUUCCAACUCACGUAAUGCUAGCAUACCACUACACACACCGCCAGCACUUGCACAGCAUCCGCCGUGAUGGUCUCCUAAGCCACCCUGAACGGCACGAGUCCAAUAUACACACCAAACAUGGUGCUUAUUUUGGCGAAGGUGUGUAUGUAGGCAACAAUCCCUAUGGCUUUAGGUCCAUGGGAGAUACCUGUCUGUUGGUUGCCAUCCGAAAGGGACGGGAGAUCCGCGUAGGCCCAGGUGGCAGCAAAGAUCCACAUGUCAACACGGUGAUCGGUAACAAAGCUCGCAAUGACCACGUGGCCAGCGAUGAAAUCGUCUUGAGGAGGAGCUGGCAGGUGCUUCCAAUCCUUCAGUUCCCGGGGAGAAUCGUUCAAUCUCAUGGCAGCUUGUUUGAUCCCAGCAAUGCUCGCCUUUGGACGUGUCAUCUCAAGAUGCAGGGGAUCUUGGAUGAGUUCUUCAACAACAACGUGCCCACUCCCGUACAGAGGAUUACGCCAUGGUCUGACCCCUUGCCAAGCGGAUCCCUGCUUUUGAACUCCCCUGCUGUCGCGGCCCCUCCGUCAUUCGGCAACGGUGCCAGGAACCCACCGGUCCCGUUUGUUCCAAACCUUGGACCAGGGGCUGCAGCUUCUGAUCCUUUUGCACCAACACCAAUCAGCACUAUCCGUGCCCGUGAAGCGGCGGCGGCCGUAGCUCGAGCUGCCCCCGCACACAUUGGUAAUGGAAGCACGACCGCCGCAGAUCAAGAAAAGGAGCUGCGUCGUCAAAAGGAGCGCUUCUUGAUGUUCACAAGAGUGCUUAUAAAAUACCUCGAGACCAAAGAUCCAACCUUGCACGGCAAAGUCAAAAAAGUUAUCAAAGAAUGCGCCGAACGAAUCAAGCGACAGGAACCAGGAUACGAGUCCGUCACAGCAGCCAUGAGAGAGAGAAUUAAGGAGAUCGUUGGAAACCCUUACUGGAACAGAGCUGAAUCCUACUUGGCUCAUUUCUUGGCCCAGAAGAAAAGGAGUGCCGACGCCGCAGCCGCCCCCAAUAAAGCGACUUUGGGCGACCUCCAAGCGAAAGCGAGUCCUCUUGUAGGCGCCUUUACCACUCCUGCACCUGCCCCACCUUUUGCAGCUUCCGCAGCCCCCUCUUCUCCAACGGCCACGUUGCUACCGCCUCCUCCUCCUCCACCUGCUGCUGCUGUUGGUGGUUUGAGCGCACCAGCAGCACCCACAAGAUUUGACAGCCCCCUUGCAGCGGCGAUGAGUAACAGCCAGGCAAUAGGAACAGCACUGGCGGUUAGCUUCGGCAAUGCCAACGGACCCAAUCACGGCAACAUGUCUGGCCAUCCUCCCUCCUCGAACGCAGCUUGCACGUCUUUAAGCGCCACCCCGUCGCCCCAGAAGAACAAAUUCAUCCUUGAGUAUUUGGAACUCAACCACCCUCAGUUGCACAAAGAUGCCGUGCUUGUCAAAACGGGCUGCGUCAAGCGGCACAAACGCAAAGAGUGGGGGUACGGGCCUCAGGAACUGGAACUGAGAAUUCAGGAAGUGGUCAAACAGGUGGUGGGGGAUGCGAUUUGGCAAUCGGCCGAGCUGCAUGCUGACGUCAAGAUAGCCUUACUUCCAACACAAAACGUUGCCUUUUCAUCUUUGUGGGGAGCUCCUGCUGGUCAGAUUGCCCCUCCCGCUGUUGGUGGGGGCACUUUGGCAACCGGCGCCCCCGCGGCUCCGCCAACUAACGUGGCGAAAUCGUCCCCGUUUGACGCACCUGCACCUUACUCCUUGACGACUAACGGGGCGCGGCCAACUAACGUGGCAAAAUCAAACCCACAGCCCCCUCCUCAGAAUCAGCCUCCGCCCACCAACAAAUCUAAAUUGUCUCAACGUUUGAAGUCACUGCACUCACCAGCGAACCAUGCCAGCAAGAAGGCUACCCCAGCACCGGCGCCUCCUCCGUCGCAGCCUCCUCAACAGGCGGCACCUUCUCAGUCGGCCCCUCCGCCGGCAAGGCCUCCUACUCAUGCAACUAGCACCAGUGGAAGACCUCCUCAUCAUUCGCAUCACCCAGGAGCUCCGCCUCCUACACAGCCAUCACAAGCAUCACAAUCUUCUCAUAACAUGACGUCUCAGACCCAGAUGCAGCGGCAGAGCAGCCAAAGCAAUCGUGGUCCGCCGCCGGGGUCUUCUCGAAGUGCACACCCUCAGACCAAUGCGGCCGCUCAAAAUCCACCCACUCACGUAAUUGCGACAGCUCGAUCCGUCGCCUGCACACGUCGUGUCAGGACGUUGGCGAGGUCAGGGGACUGCUCCAUCUGCUCGAACAAUCUGCAGCGAAAGGGGAAGAUACUGCAGCUAGUACGCUGUGGCUGCUUGUUCCAUGAAGGCUGCAUCACUGCUGCGUUGCAACGCAGCAAUCAUUGCCCCAAGUGCAAGACCUAG